AGCUCAGUAUGGAUUGCGUAAGCUACCGCGUCACAUGGUGGAACGACAAUCAGAAGUGGACAAGGUGUUGGAGUUACUUAUGGAGGGGAAUAAAGUGGGUGUGGUUGAAAGUGGCAGCGGCGAAGUCAUUGGGAUUCGUGGAAUGGGGGGCCUCGGUAAGACCGUUUUAGCCCAGGCUGUUGCUUUGCAUAUCUCAAAGUCUCGUCAGGUUAUCUGGCUUGAUGUUGGCGAAACCCCCGACCGCUCAGCACUGAUUAACAUCCUCAUCAAAGUUCUUGGGGGAACUGUAUCUUUCAGUGAUAUCCAUGCAGCGCAAGCCUGGCUAAAAGCAAAUACGGUAUGUUUGAAUUUAAUGUUUUUUUUUGUAAUUCUAAUUAAGGUGAUGUUACACGAAACAAUUUUUAAUAAGAUGUGAAAUUACGCUAUACAAAUUACGCUAUACGAAAUUUGAUUGAUUCGGCAACCCUUUGCCGUAAGAAUUUUUGUUGAAAAUUGUCGCAUGUAACAUUGUUUCAUGUAACGUUAACAUUGUCACAAUAAUUGGGGAGGAAAACAAAGGAAAUCAUGACUGUGAAGAAGCUGUUAUAUUUGAAACAAAAUCCUCGUGAUUAUCGUAAACUUUGACUUCCUCUCAUCAAAUAUUAUUCGUAAAUUUAAGAUAAUUUAAAGAAUACAAACGUUUUCAUCAAGAUGAAUUACAAGCUGAUGAUGUAUGUUCAGCAUUCCAGCAUUUACGUUCUUGUUGUAUAAGAUCAUUUCAUAUAGUCUCAUGCUGUAUAAUAGGCACUAUUUACAACAUGAGCGGCCGUGUUGUAUCGGAUACUGUAUAGCAACUCGAGCCGAAGGCGAGAGUUUGUAUAUUCGAUACCACACCGACACGAAUGUUGCAAAUGGCUUGUGAAACGUCUUGAUCAGAACAUUCGUAUUCUUCAACAAUUGAAAAUAAAUGGAUGUUAUUUGGUGAGAAAAUUUAACUUAUAUUUUAUGUAAAUCAGCAUGAUUUUGAAUCAGAUAUACAGACUCCGUCACGGUUAUGAUUUCUUUUGUUUUUUUAACAUGAAUUAUUAAUGCGUUUCGCAAUCCGAAAGCCUUGCAUGGUUAGACAAGGAUACGAGUUGAUGAGAGUUAACAAUCAAGAGUUUGCACAAGACCGUCACAAAGGGCAAGCGGGGUGGUGUUGGGGGUGUGACAUCCCCCUGAAGAAUAUCGAUAAAUACAUUAUGAAUGGUGAAAGAGCAAAAACAUUAUUUAAGUAAUCCGGGAGCGUAUGAGGUAAUAGUAUCAUUAUUAAUAGAUAAAUAAUAGACGAGUUGAAACACAAAAAGUAGGGUUAUUUUUUCACGUUACACAAUCACGAAACCUAAUCUUAUCCCCACCCAUAACCUUCUAACCUCUUAUGCAUGAUCUGAAAAUGUAACCGUCCAUACGAAGAUUUCCGAUCGCAGUUUGCAAAUGCAUCUCCAAGCUAUUUUUAUCCACUUUAUAGUUUUCGCAAAAUGACAACACGGAUUGCACCAGAAAACUUGACAAAUUUUCCGAAUAAUAUUAAAAUGUAGAUAAACCUGGAGUAUCGAUUACAAAAUGGUAUUUUUCAAUUUACAGCACAUACGACGUGCAUGCAAUUUGAAUAUUAUACAUAUGAAAUUUAAGACGGCUGUUGAAUGACACACGUGCCAUGGCAUUGUUUAACAUAUUACAACAACUGGGGCUAAGUCUCAAUAAGGGCCCUUUUUCCUCACAAUUACGGGUACAUAUAAAUCAUCAUGUGCUCAGGGGAGGCGCUAGCCAAAUUUGAAGGGGGGAGGGCGGUAUAAGUGCAAUAUUGCCUACUAAUAGUUUCAAACUUUAAGUAGUACUUCUUUUCCCAAAAUUGAGGGGGCUUCACGGCUCCUAAUUUUUCCAUAAUUUUAGCUACAAUUUUUAGAUUUUUAUCAGUGUCAAUCAAAUGUUUUAACUUCUUUCCUUCCUAUCCAACUGGGAUUAGAUAAUUUGCAGACUACCUGACGAUUUGGGAUGUUCCACACCUACAAUCCCUUUUAGCACCCUGUGCUGACUUUGAUAAGAUGGAAUGUCGAGAAUGUGAGAGGGUAUAAGAAAGCAGGCAGAUGUAGCAUUUUCAACAAGGUUGACUUUUUACUAAUGAUCAAAUGGGCCCAGCUUGAAAUUUGAAAAUCAUGCUUCACUACUGGGGCAAGCAAAGGGACUACUGGGGGAAAUGCCCCAGUAGUUAUAUAGUUAAAAAAAUGCCCUGUGGUAAACACAUAUAGAGUCUGAAGUGUCGACCUAAUCUCACUGUGGACUCACUAGAAUUUAUUUUACACAAACAAGUUAAUAUAGAAUAGUCCUCUUUGGAAUAGAAAAAAUUAUAUUUUAUUCAAAUAAAUCUGCUGAUAAAAUUUAAACGGGCCGUUUGAAACUGUUUGCGUUAAUUUAAGUUAUUACAUGUCCUGCUGCUCAAAUGAUUAAUAUAUCCUAUUAGUAUAAAGUUUGCUUAUCAAAUGAGCUUUCGCGCGUUCUGAUUGGCUAGUUGAUUAGUAAAUCUGAGGCAUUAUUUACAACCUGGGUAGUAAAUAAUGCUUUUCAAAAAAUGAUUCGGCAAAUUUGGUUUCAAAAUCGACAAAAUAUUGAAAAAUCGUCCCCAGAAAAGGAAAAGAAGCACAAAAUGUUGUGUUUAACUUGAAAGGUAGGUUUCCUUUAUUAUUUUACUGUGUCAAACAUAUUCACGGACAAUUUAAAACUUGUUUAAAACUUAUUUCAAACAAAUAGCAAAAAUUAUCCCAACUGUUGGGAAAAACCUUGCCGUGAUAUUCUUUUAAACUUAUUUUGUUUUGUAUCCUAUAGAUUUCUCAAUGUGUACGAUACUAUUUCUUUUGAUAUGUCAUAUUUUCAUUGUGCUGUAUGAUGUUUUGACCACUGCAUUGGGUUUUCGAAAUUUGUAAAGUGAAAAGUGUAUUAAAACUUUAUUUCGAACGAUAUAGUUUUACAUUUCAUUUUACCAAAUUUCUCAGCCAUUUCCUGAAAACACAUAAUGCUAAACAGAAACAAUUUCUAAUUCUAAGUCUGAUGAAAAUUCAUUCCGUUUUUAUGUUUAUAUUCCAAGCAGAAAUCGGGAAAAACGACUUUGUAAUAAAGCAAUAAAGUCAAACAAGAAGCCAUUUUGAAAGCGUGUGCUCGAGCGUGUGCGCACAAGAUACACUGCAACAACAAAACGAAACAGUUUUAUUUCUGACUUCAAUUGAAUUGAUAUUUGGAUAUUGUUUUAUUCAUUAAAAAUUUAUACUAAAACAAUUAUUCGCCUCAGGCUCAGUGAUUAUGAUGAAUAUUCACCUCGACUUCGUCUCGGUGAAUAUUCACCGGUAAUCACUUCACCUUCGGCGAAUAAUUGUUAAAUAUUGAAAGGAGUUAAAACACUGUAAAUUUUAUAGCACAUACUACUCAAAUAAUAUUAUAAUAGGUACAUAAUAUGGACUCCAACGGUUUUAUCCAAUGUUUGGACUUCAUAGUCUACACUCUAUAUAUAGAAACAGAAUAAAGUGUUCAUAAUCAUAGAUUAUAAAGCAAUUGAAAUAAAGACAGCAAAUCACCGCUAUUUUUAAAAUCUGGAUGCAAAUCCGAGCAUCUCACGAGUGCCGAACUUCAUCCGAACGGCAACUUCGGGAUUUCAUGACGUCAUUGCGGAUAGGCUAUAUUCUUGGUACACAUAUCUCGAAAAUUGCGAAGAAAGCUUGCUGCCAAAAAUCAUUUAGAAAAAGGUUUAUUUAUCUUAUUUCUUUACUAGAUAUCUUUGUUCGUCUAAGAGAAUGCUAAAUACGUUGUAAAAUAAUCAAAUUAUGUCGAAACGGUUACAUUAUAUGCAUUUUAAAAGAUCACGUGACUCUAUUACCUCAUACCUGCCCGCAUUACUUACAUGUUAAGUAUUCUAUAAUGCUUCAUAUAGAUUUUUUUGCUCUUUAUCCAUUCAUAAUGUAUUUAUUGAUAUUCUUGCGAAGAAUUCAUGCAAAUCUUUUAAAGUACGUUUAUUAUUUUGAUUAUUUUACAAUUUAUGCUGACAGCAGUUGAGCCCCUUGUGAUUGAAUAGUUAAUUUGAGAUAACCACACCAAGAGACCAGGCCCUUUUGUCGGAAAAUGGUUACUUACACCCUCCCUGCUUUAGACUUUUUCGGGACAGCCCUGGCCUGUCUGCAUCAACUUUUAUCAACUCUCAUGCCCCAGUCAAACGAGAACAACAGUUGUACCAGGCGAAGAAAAAGUACCAGGCGAAGCAAAAUUUGAAAUAGCUCAAAGUAGAUGUGAGUUGAUGAGAGUUGCAGUCAUACUCAAACGAGAGUUGCAACUCUUAUCCUCGUCAGACCUCAGCCUAGACCUAGGCUUUCUAUUUUUAGUACAUUUUUUUAAUAUGACUGGGACUAGGGACUAGGUGAUUUGGGGCGGGGCGGGGAAGGGUCCCAGUCUUUUCACGUGAAAAAGCACUGAAUAUUAAAAAAUAUAUACUAAAAAUAAAACGCCUAAGUCUGGACUGGUCUGACCUGAUUUAAGCAAGAGAUGGAAAAGCGUCAGCAGAUAUAGUUUCAUAGCUAAUAUUCAAUGUAUUGUAGUGUGACAAAGAUUGCUUAAUUGUCCUUGAUGAUGUUUGGGGUGUUGACGACGCUGCUGUAUUUGAUUAUUUAUCUGGGAAUUGCCAAUUAUUAAUAACGACUCGGGAUGCUAACGUUGUCAACGGCUUAGGAGGUUCUGUGUACGAACUAGAAACUAUGGCAGCGGAUCAAUCCCGAGCGCUCUUGUAUAAAUAUGCCUGUAUAACGCCAUAUAAACAGUCUAAGUUAAGUUCAAACAUGCAAGAGAUUGUUUCAAAACUGUUGGAUCAGUGCGGAGGACUACCGCUAGCUUUGGCGCUAGUGGGCUCAAAUUUGAAAGAUGUUCGUGCCGAACAGGCUUGGCGGGACAUUUUACAGGAUUUUGAAAAGGCUGACUUGGAAAGAUUACGUUCACUCUUUCCCACUGACGCUUAUCCUCAUCGUAACCUCUUAGCAGCCAUCAAUGUAAGCUUCCAACGCUUGGAGGAAAGCGCACGAGAGAAGUUCCUAGAUUUUGCUAUAUUUCCAGAAGAUACAGAUAUACCGUCAGAUGUACUCGAGCAAUUUUGGUUAUCGAUAGGAACCGAGAACGGGAGAGCACCGUGCGACCCUCGGGAAAGCAGAUAUAUACUUGCUGUACUUGAGAGGAAAUCGCUGAUUCAAAAAGGUAUAUAGGGGGCGAAGAGGUAUUGAAGGGGAGCUCUAUAUAUAAAAAAGUGUCUGUGUUAUUUAAAUUUCAAGACUUUUUUUGAAAGUUAUAGCGUGGAGGCCAGUUCACCGAUUGAUUAAAACUGAAUUCAAACUUUUAGUUUAAACUUCACAAUCACCGGAAAAAUUAUUUGUCAUUGGGUAAGACAGAUUUGACGGCUUUUUAGUCAUCCUUUUUGACACAGGAAGAUAAAUGUGUAACAUUUACUAAAUAAAGCACGUGCAAGUUUAUUUUAAAUUUGUAGUUUUCAUUAGGGCAGAAGUACAGUAAUUUCAGUAGCUUAUACUUUCCAAAAUUAUAACUGCAUUUUCAAUAAUCAUUGUCUCCAUUAAUAAAAGUGACGAUAGGUUCAUCUGACAGAUCACAUAUUUCUUUGUGUAAACACAAGACAAACUAUCCGGACUAAGUACCCAAAAUAGCGUGGUCUAUACUGGAAAUGGUUUUGGAAUAAAUUAUGCCUGAUAUUUUUUGGUAUAGAUAGUUACUGACGAGCACAUUUUUCCUGGCACUAAUAAAAUUUCUGCAGAGUUCGCUCGGCCCAGUCUUUCGCGUGAUGUAGACAUUGUCAGACUAGUCCCAAGUCCUCUGUUCGCGCUUUUGAUUUCCGUGACGUCACCGAGCGAAACACGCGAAAGAGGACUAGCACGAAUUGUUUUCUAGCCUGCAAAGCAGGCGCUCGCGGGCUUGGUAAAUCUGGUAAAUGUUUUUCAAUAUGGCGGAAUUCCAGAAUAUAUAAAAUUGUAUAAACAUGGAAGAAUAUGCCGAAUAUUUACAGAUAAAGUGAGUAUUAAAGAUAUUAUGGUUGUACAAUGUAAAUAAAACAUAACUGCUCAAGUUAAAGGUAUUAUAAUAUCUUCCUUCAGGAAUGACAUAAAUUUAAAGUUUAUUGUAACAUAUUUUUUGACUAUUUAUAGUAUACCCUGAUCUGUCGACGGAGAUCACUUAGUGCAUCUCACUUGAUAGAACUAAAUGUUGAACGAAAGGUUUUGUAGAAUAUUCUGAGUGCAAAUUUUGAGUCCUGACCAAGGGCAGUUGUGAAAAAUGCAACUACAUGCCCUCUGGCAGGAAUCCAACCAGCACCCUUACUUUUGUAAAUAUACAUGAAUGCGCGGUUGGAGCUAUACACCUGGACUUUGAAGCUCAGUUAGUUAGGUUAGAGCACUGGACCGGAAUCGCAGAGACGCAGGUUUGAUUCCUGCUAGAUGGCCUAUAGAUGCAUUUUAAUUUAAAUAGAGAGAUUUACGCCCGUAUUCUAAAAGCUCACUCACACUCAAUGAGUGGAGGUUCAAUCCGAGCUGCUCUUUGGUGUCAAUGCUGUUUUUGAAUAGGGAGGGUGAGUAAUCACCGAGUAAGGAGUGACACUAGCCCUCCAGCUAUUCAAAAAUAGCAUAAAAUAGCAUUGACACUCAAGGGAAGCUCAGAUUAAACCUCCACUCAGUGAGUGUGAUUGAGCUUUUAGAAUAUGGGCAUUAAAGGGUGCACUGCCAGGACAAUUUGUGUCUUUUGUUCAUAGAGAUGUGGAUUCAUUUGAGCCUAAAAGGCAAAUAUUGCAGUAACAAUAUCUGCAGUGAUAAAGUGUACUUGUUUGAGUAUUAAUAUUAUUAUGAUUAUAUAGUGAUUUGAUGCAGGUUGAUGGUAAGGUGUACAAAGUCAUUUUUCCGGAAAAAGCAAGCAUCACUGGGUGCAAUAUAAAGUUAAGCAAUAUUCCAGUGACAUAUAUCACAAGCGAUAUCUGUUGAAGAGGACUUGGACUGGUUCAUUUUCAUUUGCCACCUUCAAAAGAAUGUGAUUUGCAACCUGUUAUGGAAAAAGGUUUUGGAUAUUUUACAUGUAUCAAAAUAAUAAAUUAAUAGACUGCAGAGUAACUAAUAAAAAAUAAUAUUUUGAGGCUUAUUGCUGCUUAAUGGAGGCAUAGAGCUGUAAUAUCAUUCAACAAUUGAAUAAAUUAAAAAUUCAAUAACAAUUUUAAUAAUAAUAAAUUUUAUAAUUAUUUUAUUACAAUAAAUAUAUUUAUUAUUAUGUAUUAAAUUAUUAACAACAUUAUCCUCCAAAUUUUACUCUAUUCCUGUUCACAUGUGCCUGGACUGUUCGUGUAGAAAUUGUUGCUUCAGUUUUUACAUACUAAUAAGGAUUAGAUGCUGCACCUUGUACGAACUAGUUCGAACAAGUAGCAUUUGAAUAUAAACAAAAGAAUACAGGUAUUCCCGGAAGUCCAACAACAAGCCAAAGGUGGGUGGUGAUGAGGUGAUUCUUGUUUGAAAUUACAAACAUGAUACUAUGCAGACUGCAGUUCAGCCAGUUCUUGACUGACGAAAUAAAUUAACAGCAAAAUUAUGUACAUCCAUGUUGCCCAAUAUGUCUUUGGCCUGAACUUUAUCAUUCACAAAUACCACUUUCACCAAAUUCUUCAAAAUUCUAUGCAGUAUUUUCUUGACAACUGUCCGUGUAUAUGCGUGUAUAUGGCACCAUCUAAAUUUUCUGUCACAAGAAAACAUUUCCUAAACAUCAAACAAAAAUUAUAAAAUAAACAUUGUUGGCAAGUACAAGUACACAUCUAUAUCUUGAUCUAUAAAUUCUUAAACAGUGCUGAAAGCUCGCAAAUAUUCAAACGUUCUAAUUAAAACAGACGAAUAUAUGCAUUUCAAUAGUGCAUUGAUGAAUAUCAUUAUAUUUACCAUGUAUUUAGUUAAUAUUCUACAUUACAGCAAGGUUUAUAUCCCACGAGGAUAUCGAUAAAUAAAUUCUCACCUAAAUUUUCACCGAUUUCUUGUUUUUUGUUGGCAUCAAUUCCGCCUUACUACAUUGCUUUUCAGAUUUUAAUUUAUGUAUCACUGUUUCUAUUCAAUAUAUAUUAGAACCACAACAUUUUAAUCCAACUUGUCGCAAUAUAAAGUCAAUUUGAUACAAAUCUAUAAACAUUUUACUCGCUCAUGAGAACGGCGCCAUUUCCACAAGCCACUGAUCUCAAUACAGCAAGUGGGAACACGUUGUCCCCACUUUUGGCUCACGUGAAACAUUUUAUUCUAGGCCUCUCAGGAGCCGUCAGCUCAUUAAUAUGCAGAAACGCGAAAUAGGCAUACUAAGAGGCCUAGGGACUAGGCUGAGACAUUGUCGUAAUAUCAAUUUUGCGUCCAUUAGCGUGAUGUCCGGAUGUUUGUUCUAAUGGACCAUUUGCAUUAUAGACUAAAUUUUGAUCUAGACAAGUCUAGACAAAAAUUUCAUCACAGCUUGAAAGAGCAUCACAAAAUUGGUGAAUAUUUCGCGAAAUGUUGUAAAAUGUGGAUAAUAUAGCCUUGCGACGUUUGCCGUUUUUCAGUCAUUUUGUGUUACGCACGGGAAAUUGACAGCCCAAUUGGGCGUUGGGGCAUCAAUUUCCCGUUUGUAAUACAAAAUGACUGAAAAUUGCAGAUCUCGCACGGCUAUAUUAUCCACAUUUUACAACAUUUCGUAAGGAAACUUUGGAAUAUUGCUAAUUUUGUGAUGCUCUUUCAAGCUGUGAUGAAAUUUUUGUCCGGAUCAAAAUUUACUCUAUAAUGCAAAUGGUCCAUUAGUAAACGUAAUAAACGGACGUUCAUUCCAAUUAGCAAAUUCUAAUUAGCAAACGUAAUAAACCGGAAAAUUGUGCGGUCGCGUUAUCUGACAAUAUGACCUUUUUGGAAUAAAUUGUAUUUAAAUGAACAAUACAUAUAAAAUUUAUUUGUUUAUUUUUGCCAAAAAUUUAUCGUAAGGCCAGAAACGGUUAAGCGCUCAUUAUGAAAAAUAAAAAGCAGUAAUUUUUCAUGGUGUUUUCGGCAUGCAAUAGCACAAAAUAGCCUAAUGUGUACCCGGGCUCUUAUCCGAUUCAUUUUUUGAGAGCGUCGAGUUUGAGACAGAACUUCUAAUUUCUUGCGACAGUAACUCCUUGUUUAAUGCCGCGUUUAAACAGCGAUGGAUCAUUUAUCAAAACGAACUUCGCAUACAAGCCCCUCUGAGUGGAAUAAAUAUGUAAAUAUAGUUUGCCUUCACUGAUUAUCCGCGUGGUUUCUGUGUUUAUGCACAGAUAAAUUAACAAGCGAACUAUCUCUUUUUUGCCCAAGUAUAUUUAGGGGUCGGUUGCAUAAAAGGCCGGAUAGCGCUAUCCUGCAGCAAGCGAUUCUUCAGCCUUCGUAAACAUAGCUAAAAGCUGUGAAGCUAUAUAAAAUUAUAAAAACUCUUUUAAUGUAUAAUUACUGAACUUUAUUUAAUCUUGAUUAUACUAUUCUACAAACAAUUUGGGACAAUCACUAUAUAUUGGAUAGCGCUAUCCAGUCUUUGUACAACAGGCUCCAAACUGACAAUCCCUGUCUAGUACAAAUCGGGUUACUAUAUACAUGAACUCUCCAAACGACGUUUUUUAGGACCUGAACUCCAAGGGAAGACAAGCUACCGAGUCCAUGAUCUACUCCUAGAUUUUGCACGGGCAAAACUUCGAGCCACAGGCACACUAACUGAUGUCCAGCGGGUAUUCGCGAAAACACUUCGUGGUCAAUGUGUAAAUGGUGAAUGGACUACUACUUCAAGUACCUCCCAAAAAGAUUAUUAUUUCAAGUACCUACCCUAUCACUUUCACUCCUCCAAACAACAUAGUGAAUUAAUUCAACUGCUUUUCGACUUUCACUGGCUCGAACAAAAAGUGAAGCACAACGAUUUGCCUUCCCUAAUAUCGGAUUUUCGUUUUUUGGACACGCCCUUGCAGCACGAAAUCAAACUUCUGAAAAAGUCAUUAAUGUUAUCUGCCGAAGCCAUCGAGAAAAACCCGAGUUCUAUUGGUCCGCAACUGCUAGGUAAUAAAAAUAAUGUGCAGCUUACAUCACCUCGCCUUACCUCAGCUUACCUUACCCCCAGGGCCUUUUUUAAGAAUUUUCCCGUGGGAGGGGGGCAUUUUUUGUAAAGGGACCUUUCUGUGGGAUAAUAUAUUAAAGGGGCAUAGCAAUGAGUGAAAGCCACGAGUAUGAAUGGGGGGUCUGGGGGCAUACUCACCCAGAAAAUGUUUGACAUUUGAAGCACGGAAAUGUCAUUUCGUGCAUUCUGAGCAUCCAAACUUACUCCAAAAUUUAUGCUAACUAUACUUGUAUUUGAAAUAAAAGAAGGAAAAUAUGCACCAAAAGUUCAAAAAAAUAUUAACCGUACACUGUAAAAACUGAUAGGUUAAAACAACCUAUUUCUAAAGGUUAUAACCAAUAAUUAAAGGUUGUUUUAACCAAUUGAAUGGGUUAAAACCGAUUUAAAUUAGUUAAAAUAACAUAUUAUUAUCAGGUCAAGUUUUGCGACAAAUAAAAAUAGGUUAAUUUAACCAAUGUUUUUGGUUAAGAAAAAUUUAUCGAUUGGUUAUUAUUCUCAAAUAGGUCAUUAUAACCAUUAUGUAAUACUUCAAAUCCGAGUUAGUGUUUUAGACGUGGUUUCUAAAUACAAGUGCCAUGAACAAUGGCGAGGCGCAGCCGAGCCAUUGUUCAUGGCACUGGGGAUUUGGAAGCCAAGUUUAAAACACUAACGAGGAUUUGAAAUUGCUUCUCACACAUCAUUAAACUUUCAUAGCAAUGAGGCAUGAAAUUAUUAGAUAUUCAAAAAAGUGAGCGUGGGCAUUAACGAUUACAUUCGCUUGAAAGUUUGCAUGAAGUGCAACGAAGCAUUCAGUUCGCUUUCGUCGUGAAUAGAUUAAUUUUGUUGGCAAAAGAGCAUGGUAUCUUCUUAUAAUAUAAGAAAAAGCGGUUUCGAGAACCAGAAAGUGUUGAGCACAGUAUUGUGCACAGUAUUGUCGCUCGGCUAACAAAGUUGGGGAUCCGAAAAACGAUAUAGCAGAUUGUGUGUGCGAUAAGGCGCUAUCUGGUGGAAAAUGAAAGAGCCGAAGUGAAUAUAUAUUUUAUAGACGGUAAACAUUACUGGUAAAUUGCUGUUUUAUAGUGUUUAAAGCGCUGUUUAUUAUGAUAGUUGGUAAAAAAGUUGGUUUUCCUAUAUUUAUGUAGUUUUCAAACGUUCAGGAAAAGUGUUAGCUAUAAAGUGUAGUUAGAAUAAAUCUUUAAAUACAACUUACUGUAUUUAGAAAUAAUUCUAAACAUAGCAAUUAAAUAUAUUUGCAUAAUCUUUUGUUUAUCCCUCAAUUUCCCUAUUAUUCAAAGUCCUUCCCACUUGAAGUAAUUAAAGUCCUGGUCUAGACGGGAUAUCCAGAUAGAUACACGUGAUGUAAAUUAAACCAUGUCAUGGGCCGAAAUGCUGUGAAUAUCUAAUGAUGUAUGAGAAGAUUAGGUCAAAACACUGAAAGCUAAACUAACCUAUUCCUGUAUAAAAUAUGUCGAAAUAUUUAGUUCGACUUACAACAUAUACUUUCAUUUUCAAUGAGUUAUUUUUUAUCUCCACUGCGAGUUAAAAACCAUUUAAUCGUAGUAGAAGUAAAAUAGCGAGUAAUUUUCCACCAAGUUUUUACUCGGCCUGUGUAAUAUACUCGACCAUUACACAUAGGAAUUCAUAGGAAUGACAAAAACUAUAUCCAAGUUUCUUCAACCUAGAAUUAGGGCGAUAUUUUCUAUACAAAUUCGUAGUGAAGGACCGCAGUUCGUGUAAAAUCAUCACAAGAUUUUGAAUUAGCUGGUUGACGCGCCGCUUUUCUCGAAUGUUGCCAAGUCAGAUUCUAUAUUUAAUACUAGUAUAUCGGACCAUAUCGGCUUCUUGUUGUUCAAUCGCACGCGACGAUCGAAUGGAGCCAGAAAUUGUCAGCGAGUUUUUCUUGCCAAAUUAAUUUAGCAGUCAUUGCUCUCAUCUAUAUUUUUAUUUGCUGCGUAAACUCUACCGCGUUUGCCAGAGGUUCUGUAAUUUGAACUUGUGGAAUGUUUUGCUGCUGAAUAUAAUUUGCGACGAGUGGAAGUUCCAAACUUUCAACCAAUUAACAUGCUUGGAAUAUAUCACGUGUUGUAGUAAUUCGAUCUGUAUGACACAUUGACACCAUGCGCCAAAGUUCGAUCUUUUGGGAGCAAGCAUUCAAAGAGCAAGAUUUCUAUUCAAAUUUUCUAUUAUAAAGUUCGAAAGACCAGAUAAAAUACAUGGCAUUUGAAAGGUAUGUCUAUUGUGUAUUACUCUAUUAGUUACUAGACAUACUGUAGUUAUAUUUUUAUUAAAAUCGAAGGCCUGUAUUUUAUAUUAGUCGUUUCGCCGCCGAUUCAGUUCACUGAAGGCAUCUAGACGUUCAGUUGUUAAUUUUCGAUUAAUUUCUAUUAGCAGUGUGACAUACAUUUGUAUGUUGUAAUUUUCUGUUAAAUAUUUGCUAUAAAGAAGAUGCUUGCGAUGUUACUCUGAGCUAGUGUAUAUCCACACCGGGCAAGCUUGAAAAAUAUGCCUGUCCACGGUGGGAAUCGAACCUACGACCUUUGGAAUACUAGCCCAAUGCUCCGCUGCCAACUGAGCUACAUGGUCAGGUCGGUUCGAGUAUGUGAUAUUUCGGAACCAUGUAAUCUAGCAAUCAUGAUAUUUUCUGUGUUGAUGCAAUGUACUCAGGUGAAUAUGAUGCUUGUGGUGUUACUCUGAGUGUAUAUCCACACCGGGGAAGCUUGAAAAAUAUGCCUGUCCACGGUGGGAAUUAAACCCGUGGACAGGCAUAUUUUUCAAGCUUGCCCGGUGUGGAUAUACACUCAGAGUAACAUCACAAGCAUCCUAUUCACCUCAGGGCUCAGUACAUAAAAUUAUUUACAUCAAGACAGAAAAUAUCAUGAUUACUAGAUUACAUUGGUAUCGAAGGAACCAGAUUCUGUUCCGAAAUAUCACAUACUCGACCUGACCGCGUAGCUCAGUUGGCAGAGCAUUGGGCUAGUAUUCCAAAAUUCAUAGGUUCGAUUUCCACCGUGGACAGGUAUAUUUUCCAAGCUUGCUCGGUGUGGAUAUACACUCAGAGUAACAUCACAAGCAUCAUAUUCACCUGAGUACAUUGCAUCAACACAGAAAAUAUCAUUUGCUAUAAAGUUGACAUGCAUGUAUACUUUUAUAUAUGUGAUUUGUUUGAAAUGCAGUCACCUUAAUAGCAUAUAGACAGCAAUGCAAUAGCCCAUCUCGGCAUCUCCCAAUAUUACCCAAUGUAUCGCAUGUGCUUGCCAUGCCUAUGGUAACCCUCCUAUCUGUCAGCCUAAAACAUAUGUAAGGGGCUGCUUAUAUAGAGCGAGCCAGCCCAGGUAACCUGGCUAUAGCUUGCUUUCCCUGGACGAAUGUCUAUUUACAUGAGCCUCUCUAGAUGGGCUCAUGGGCAGGCUACGCUCGCCAAAACAAAUCACCCAGACUGAGUUUCAAGUGUAAUAGCGGCACAUUUUCCAAUAAAGUAAACCGACAUGAUACUUCUGCAAACAGUUUCGAAAUGUAACUGACAAAAACAAUCACAGAGAUCUUUUAAUAUUGAAAUUGAUUGGGAAAUGUCAUUUAGAAGAUUGCAUGUACCUAAACACAGCAUUAAUACUGUGCCAAAUCCUGGGUCAUUGUAUAUAUAGUUCAUAUAUAUGGAAAAUCCUAGCUUGGCAUUAGCAAGAUUUUGGGUCAGUUGAGGCGGGAUCUUCCUAAAACAGGCCAGCUCAAUUGAAAAUAUAAAUAUAAAAUAUAUAGAAAAUAAUGACAUAUGAAAAUAUAGAAAAUAAUGACAAAGUCAGGAUCUCACCAAAACUGGGCCAGCCCAGGUACACAGGUUGUUGGCUCACCCCAUAUAAAUAACCCCAGCCUAAAUCUACCUGGCUGGAUUAUAUAGAUAUUUUUCAUUUAGGAAUUUUGGAAAAAAGUUAUGCACCGCUAUUUUAAGCACCUUUUACCAGAAUAGUUGUAUUGGAUGAUGUUACUUCAAUUGCAUGCUUACAUUAAACGAGUAAAAGCAUUAGAAUUUUGUAUUUGAUUUAAACAUAUUUUAAUUGUUCAAACAAACGAAGUUUGCCCCAAGAGCGCAUCGCUCAUCUAGGGGGCUCACUCCUUACAAUUGCAUACAGUAUUUCGUACAUGCCAAGUAUAUAAUAAAAGAGAGGGAAAAAAGAACUGACGGAAGUCAAGAAUCGUGCGGAUGAAAACGUUUUGUUUCAUUUAUGUACGACUGCACAAGAGAAAAUAACUCUCUGUUUGAUUCUAAUGAUAAUAAAGAUGAUCCAUGCAAAAAAAAUUCAACAAUUUGCGCGUCGUUUAUUCUUACCAAUCGUCAACAAACAGCUGAACAGCAGAGGAGAGCAGUUUCUGUCUUUGGGCAGCAAAAAUUGGACAAUAAACAAAAUAAUGUUUUAUAAUUUCAGUAUUAAAACCACACAUACAAACUGGGGAUACUUUACAUCUUAUUUUAAAGAGGUAGAAAUUUAGUGCACAAGCACCUAAGCGCAGGCGAGUGUGAUAAACAGAGGAAAAUCUAUCAUUUGAUAAAUUAUAAAUGCCAUUUGGAACAGGUAAGUCAAAAAUGCUAACUAAAGCAUUUUUAAAGAAAUCGAGUGAAACUAGCGAACGCGUCUCGAUGUUUAUACUAUUCCACAGUCUUGCAGCAGAUGGAAAAAAGGAUGCUUUGUAACGUUCAGUGUGACUAUUAAAAAGAGAAAAAUCUGAAACCGUUCUUAGAGAAUAGUUUGUUCUUUCGUAGACUUGUAAAGGAAGUAAUUCUUUGAGAUAAGAUGGACUCAGGUUAUUUACAAUCUUAUAAUAUAAGAUAAGCUUAUGGAUUUUUCUUCUAGUAGACAUACUUUCCCAUCCCACUUCUUGCAUGAGACGAUGCUUACUAGUUCCUUUUUUUGCCCCGGUUACAAUCUUAGCUGCCUCAUAUUGUACAUGCUCAAGUAGAUCACAAUCACUGGCUAUACCGUUGUCCCACAAUACGUCCGCAUACUCCAUAACAGGACGAAUAAGUGAUUUAUAUAACUUGCCUAGAGUGUCUCUACUCACUUUAAAUUUCAGGCCUUUUAACAUAUUUAACUUUUUAUUAGCAUUUUCAAAAAUAUUUACAAUAUGAGCUUUCCAAGAGAGGUUUGCUGUGAGUUUAACGCCAAGAUGAGUAUGUUGCAAAACCUCACAAAUUUUCUCGUUUGCAAAAUAAAGAUCGGGAUGGGGUGGUUCGAGUAUUUAACUGAAAAAGUCAUGCAUUUUGUCUUCUUUAUAUUUAUAGUAGCAAGCCAUCGUUUUGCCCAUUUUUCUAUUUCUAUAAGAUCGUUAUUUAAUUUUGUUGAAGACGUAUCUGGAUUGUCAACAACAUCAUACAAAGAAGUGUCGUCAGCAUAUAAUAAAGAAUGGGAUUCAAGGUUUUCAGUGAUAUCGUUUAUAUAUUUUGUAUUUCUUGCUUUGUAUACUGGUAGACAACCAAAAAUAGGAAAUUCCUUGUCAGUCAAUUAAUAAUUUCCUGCCUUUAUAUAUCAAGCUUUUAAAAUUUUUUUCUCCUCAAUUUAAUUUAGGGAUUGUAUUUAAUAUGGAUUCAUUAUAUAUCCUGAUGCUGAAUGAAAAGUAAUUAAUAAAAGCUAAUUCUGGCCAGGAGAAGGCAAGUUGUCUAGGCAAGUUGUGCAAACAAAUAUAAUAUAUAUAUAUAUAUUAGUCAUUGUUAAUGGCAUUAGUUCAUCCCAGAAAACAUCCAUAUUACUUCCCCCACAGAGAAAAUUGGAAUUUAACCCCCCUACUCCCUUCAGAUCAGAUCUACUAAUACACUUACUAUUAUCAG